AUGCUGAACGCAAGAAGCGUCCUGGUGACAGGAUCCAACCGGGGCAUUGGCCUGGAGCUGAUCCGGCAGCUGCUGGGGAACAGCAAGCGGCCAGAAUGGAUCUUUGCAACCUGCCGGGACCCGGAAGGACCACAUGCCCAGGAGCUGAAGGGUUUGGCUGGAAAGCAUCGUGAAGUGAAGAUCAUCCCCCUCGAGGUUACAAAUCCAUCCAGCAUCCAAACCGCCGCCACUGAAGUAACUGAAAAGCUGCAAGGAGCCGGGCUGAAUCUCCUGAUCAACAAUGCUGCGAUUAUAAGGCCAAGCACUCUCGAAUCGGAGACAGCAGAGGACAUGUUUGAGGUUUACAAAAACAACACAAUAGGGCCCAUGCUGGUGACCCAGACAUUCCUGCCCUUGCUGAGGAAGGCGUCUCAAGAAAGCCCCCAGAAAGGGAUGAGUUGUAGCAAAGCUGCCAUUGUCAACGUGUCCAGUGAAGGAGGCUCCAUCGCUAAUGUCUACGCAUGGGAUCUUGGGCAUUUCAUUAAUUACCGCUGUAGUAAGGCUGCUCUGAACAUGCUCACUCGGUGCCAGUCGCUGGGAUAUGCAGAAGAUGAGAUCCUGUGCGUUGCAUUGCACCCUGGAUGGGUGCAAACGAACAUGGGAGUUUCAAACGGGCAGGCCCCCUUGGCAGCAGAUGCAAGCGCGGGAGCCAUCCUGAACACCCUUGGCCAUCUUUCUGAGAAAGACAACAGCACUUUUGUGAACUGGGAGGGGGCAGGCGUGCCUUGGUGA